AUGCCGCCUCCCCCACCACCUCCUCCUCCACCGCCUCCGGGCUUCGGCGGUUCUCCUCCGCCGCCGCCACCUCCGCCCCCGGGAGGGGCAAGUCUGCCAGCCCGGCCGCCUGCUGGGUUGCCAAGCAGAGGAGCUUUGCUUUCAGAUAUCUCCAAAGGCAGAGCGCUCAGGAAGGCCGUUACUAAUGAUCGAUCUGCGCCAUUGGUUGCCGCUGGCGGCGCCUCGUCGCCCGCCUUCGCCGCCCUUUCCCCCUUAGGGGCGCCUUCGGUUCCUGGAACCCCAAGAUCUCCUGCUCGAUCGCCCGGGAACCUCGCACCCCCUGCCCCCGGAAUCCGCGCAAGGAGCAACAGCGACACGGGCGACAGACAACAGCAGACGGCCGCGUCAAGCAUUGAGAGCCCGCCCCAGCUGGCCGGUCUGUUUGCUGGCGGCAUACCAAAGCUGCGCAAGACGGGAGGCGGCGUGGAUACUGGCGCAAACCAAGAGUCUUCGUAUCUUUCAGACCCCGAGUCAUCGUCGAGGUCGGCACCGAAGCCGCCCAGCUUUUCUCCAAGGCCACCACCGGGAGCCGCGCCCGCCAUCCCGGGCAGACCAUCGUUCCCAGGCUCUGUCACCGGCCCAACGUUUCACCCUUCGAUCGCGAAUCUAAGAAGGACAGCGAACUCUGAGGCCCCAAGGCCGCUAUCAUCGGCCUCCAUGAUGGCGUCACACAAGGGCCGUCCUCCCCCCAUCGGCAAGAAGCCCCCACUGCCUCCGGGCAGGAAACCGUCGUCGUCGAUAUCUUCGGCUCCGCCGCCUCUUCCUGGUGCGCCUGCGCCGCCCCCUCCUUUUUCUCCGCCCCCUCUACCCGUGUCGUCUCCGCCCGCAUCGUCUGCGCCCUCACUCCCCCCGGCACCCCCACCCCCACCCCCCGCCACCGCGCCGCGCCCGCCGCCCGCGCCGGCCCGGACACAAUUGCCUCCUCCACCACCACCGUCAUCUGCACCACCCACCAACUUCUCCCAGAGCGUGUUCGCCGUACAGGCUGCUCUCCGCGCGUCUGCGGCCUCAUCAUCGCCGUCGGCAGCACCGCCGCCGCCGCCGCCUCCAAGAGAUGCGUACCGCUCAGCACCAAGUCCACCACUCUCGGCCCCGGCACCUCCUCCACCGCCGCCUUCAGCGCCCGCUCCUCCGCCUUCCAUUUCGUAUUCUGCCUCCAGCGCGUCGGCUCGGUCUCACACGCCGGGUUCCAUGCGCUCCGCGUUGCUUGACCCUAGUAGCUUCACACUCGCGCCAAAUGGAAGCGGUGCCAAGACUCCAAGCCCGACCCGCAAUGUCUCAAAUCCUCCAGGCCCGGCCCCAGGCGGAGCUAGGUAUGUUGUGCAGGAUUCACGAUGGAAGUUCAUUUCUGAAGACAAAUUUCCGAAGCCGCGUGAUUUUGUGGGCGGCCAGAGGCGAUAUCGUGCGGGACGCGGCAGCAGUGUGCCGCUGGACUUGAGUGCGUUUUGA